AUGUCUGAUGAAAUUCAUUUAAACGUUGGAGGUACUCUAUUUGUAACAAAAUGGUCAACAUUACAAAGACAUGGCGAUACUUUAUUGGGAUCCCUAACAACGACAUCAGAUUAUUACAAUAAUGAUAAAAACCAGUUUUUCUUUGACAGAAAUCCAGACUUGUUCAACACCAUUCUAGAUUUUUACAGAAAUGGAAUCAUUCAUUUUCCUACCCAUAUUUGUGGGUGGAAUUGGAAACAGGAACUUGAAUUCUGGAGAAUUCCCAUUACAAACAUAUCCGAAUGUUGUUACCCAACAUACAUCAAAUACGAAAAAGAUCAGAAUCUUGUAAAUUAUAUAAAAAAUGCUUUUAUCGUGCGUACUGCAGAAUAUCAAACACAUAAAGUAUCAUGUUUAGCAGGUAUCAAACAAAGAAUUUGGCUCUUCCUGGAAGAACCGACAUCUUCGAUUGCAGCAAAGAUAUUUAGCAUCUUCUACCUGUUAAUAGUACUGUUGUCUGCAAUAACACCGAUGCUGGCUACACAUCCAGAUGUGCGACAGAAAGUUGUAGAUAUCGAUAUAUUGAUUUACUGGGUUAACUUGAAUGGACUAAAUCUAUGGAUAGACAAAGAAAAUCCAAAGGAAGUCAUGUUUGUAACAACAGUACCCCCUAAAUGGCUAAAGGAUUUGGAACUCUUCAUAACGAUUUUCUUUUCUUGUGAACAAAUAUUAAGAUUUGCCUCCUGUCCAAGAAAGAAGGAGUUCUUCAAAGACUGGUUGAAUUUUCUUGAUGUAGUAUUAUUCUUUGCUAUGUGGACUAUUUUCAUUAUUGAACAAUCGUUUGCCGAAAAGUUACUUGAAAAUUUAGAUCUGUUGAUAUUCUAUUCUGUGUGUUAUUGUCUCGUUGUUUUCCGACUUCUUAGAUUCUUUAGGAUCACGAAACAGUACAGUGCGCUUAGAAUCUUAUUGAUGUCUGUGAGAGCUAGUAUAAAAGAACUGGGUUUACUGAGUAUUACAUUUCUUAUUUUUGUAUUAUUGUUUGCUAACCUCAUAUAUUUCGCCGAAUUACGGGAUCCAACGACCUUUUCAGAUAUGGUUAUUGGUCUUUGGUGGUCCGUCGUAACUAUGACUACAGUUGGAUAUGGUGAUGAGGUACCUAAGUCUGCCCUGGGUCGUAUUGUUGGAUCAUUGUGUGCCGUUUCCGGUCUAUUACUUCUCGCUAUGCCAAUUGCUGUAAUUGCCGGAAAAUUUAAUGACUUGUAUGAGAAAAAUGCAAACAGAGAGGAUUUUAAAAAACUACACACUAUUCAAAAGAUGUGCAAGGUUCAUCCUAGCAAUACCAUGACUUUGCAACAAAGUAAAAGUCUGAAAAAUACGUCUAACCUAAAUACCAAAGAACUUGAAUCUAACAGUGAUAACAAACUUUUUGAGAUAGAUAUGUAA